AUGGCUGAUACUAGUGCCGUUACCGCCACAGCUGCAAGCUAUCUGUUGAGCCAGUUGCCCCUAUUUGUAUUACUAUGUCCAAGUGUUCUCAUUUGUUUUCUGCUCUGUCGAGCAGCUUAUAAUUGUUCCCUCCACCCCUUAGCCAAUUUCCCAGGCCCGCGGCUUUGGGCGGCCUCGCGCCUCCCAUACGCGUUACGUCUCUGGCAAGGCAGACUGCAUGAGCACAUUAAGCGGCUCCACGACCAGUACGGACCUGUUGUGCGCAUUGCACCUGAUGAACUCUCGUUCACGGACAAUGCGGCCUGGCAAGACAUCUACUGCGGUGGCGUCGCCAACAAGGGCUUUCCUAAGCACGGAGCCUACCGCAACGCGCAGACUUUCGAAUCUCUGUUCGAUGCUUCCGACGACAACCACACGCGGCUGCGCCGUCUGCUCAAAAAUGAUUUCUUCUCCCUGCGUGCUGCGCGUCGCCAGGAGCGCAUUGUCCAGGAGUACGCCGGUCGUCUGAUAGCACAGCUACGCAAUCAUCACUGCAGUGACAGCAGUGACAGCAGUGACGACACGAAGAAACAUCCCGCUGACCUACGCGAAUGGUACAACUUCGCCACCUUUGACAUUAUUGGUCGUGUCACUCUGAGCGAGGACUUCGGUUGUCUCGAUGGUCGUGCAUAUCAUCCCUGGAUUCUUAUGGUUGUAACUCAUUUUAAGCUUUCAGCUUUGCUUAUGUGCCUUCGCUUCUACCCGCCCCUCCCUAGCUUAUUAUCCCGCCUAGCGCCGGCUAGACUUCUUUGCCUUCGGGACCAGUUCAUCUCCCUAAUACGCGAAAAGGUAGGCCGUCGCGUCCAAAGGACAUUGCCACCCGGCGAGGAAGACUUUGUCACAGCCUCACAUUUAUCUGAACUUGAGGCUAACAGUAUACUAUUGCUACUUGCCGGCAGCGAAACCAUCGCUACUUCUUUGCUUAGUGCUACCCACCUCCUUUGUGAAAACCCUACGAUAAUGCGCCGACUGGCUGCUGAAAUCCGCUCCACUGUGUCUGAGUCCGACAUCACCUAUGAAAACACCACUUCGAAUAUGCCUUACCUCAAUGCAGUAUUGCGCGAAACGCACAGGUUAUGCCCUCCUCUAGCAAAUGGUCCGGCACGCGUGGUAGAUGGAAAUGGGGCCGUGAUUGCUGGGCACUUUGUACCUCCAGGGACUUCUGUUGGCGUUACUCAAUACGCAGCCAACCGCUCAUCGACAAAUUUCACCGACCCGGAUGAGUUCCUACCUGAACGGUGGUUAUCUCCCGAGCUAGCUGCGAAGUAUACCACCGGCUUUGGUCAAAAAACCUGUAAAUACGCGAAGUGCGGCACAGAUGUUCGUGAAGUAGUCCGACCCUUUUCAGCCGGUGGGCGAGAUUGUCUGGGCCAGAACUUGGCUUGGGUCGAGUUUAGGGUGCUAUUGGCUCGCAUGAUUUGGAACUUUGACUUUGAAGUAUAUUGCGGAGACGGUGAUAGGAGUGAUAAUGGUACGGCAUCUCGGCCUUCAGCAUUCCGUAAGUGGACAGACCAGAAGGCUAUGAUGCUUUGGCACAAAGAAAGUUACCCUGUUCGGUUGUUUGGAAGGAAGAAAGGUGAAUCUUACAAACACUGAUGGCAUAGAUGGGCUUGGCACUGGAUCAUGCUCGGGAAAGAUGGAUAUGGAGGCAUGGGAUGGGGUAAUGAUGACUGCCUCGUGAUUCUCAAGUAGGUACCACUCAGAGCCGCUUGGGACAUGGUAUUCUUCCGUGUCUCUUGACAGAAAGCCAGUUAGCCCAAUACCAUACGCUUGCUCUUGGCUUUGACUCUGGCCCAGACGUUUUUCUUUAUCGCCCCCAAGCCUUUCCUGUACGCCAUGUCCCCAUCCCGCUCGAUCAACAUAACAUUGUGCGUUUUAUUAAGCGGACAAUAUCUGAACGUGUUUGUCGACAGUAGAACGCACUCGCCGACCCGCUUCGACUUAUCCCCGAAGAAGCUGCUAGUAAUUGUUAACUUAC